GUCAUGUGCAAAUAUAUAUAUGUAUAUACUUUUCUCAAACCCAAACACUACGGUAGACUUAAUUUCAAUCGAACAAUAUUUUCAGCUGAAUUAAUGAAUUUAAUGACAUAAAAGUAGGAAUUUAAAGGUUACUAUAAUUGUUACAAUAAACCAUUUUUCAUAAGGAUCGCAAGAAGCAAGUGUGUAAAGGAACUGGUCUAAGCGCGGAAUCUAAGACCAGUGCAAGGUGUGGAUGCAGACUCCUUACCUAUAGUGGAAAACAUGAAAUUACGAAUCCGAAGUUUUCGAUGUCGACGUAUUUUUCACUUAAUUCUAGUUGUUAUAAUAAUCUUUGUCAUAACAAGUUUACUUAGCUACUUUUAUGAAGAGGUUCCUAAAUUCCCAAGGCCACCGAUAAUCGGACCCCCACCUAACCUUCCAGAGUCUGACCAGGAUUCUCGUCAAAUCCAACCACCUGCACAAAUACCUAUAGAAUCCGAUGUUUUAGAAAAUGCAAAAAAGCUUCCUACUCAAACACUUCCUAUUUCUAAAAAUUUUUCGUCAAUUGCAGCUUUCAAAGAUGGAACACUUGUUUCCAAGGAAGAAAUUCAAGGUGGCCUUCCUGCAAAUGAGACAGUAGCUUCUAUGCGAGAUAAGGUUCGAGAGAUUUUACUGACCAAAGCGGUUGAACUUGCUCAACGUUUAUUACCUGCAUUUGAUACACCUAGUGGGAUUCCAAUGAGUUUAAUCAAUUUGAAAACGGGAGAUAAGCGGAAUUUUGUCUGGGCAAAUGGUCGGUGUUCAAUUCUAUCAGAGUUUGGUACAUUACAUAUGGAAUUUAAAUAUCUUUCUGAAUUAACUGGUAAUCCAGUCUAUUCAGAAAAGGUUGAUGCUAUUCGUAAGGUUUUGGAAGAAGUGAACAAGCCUAAUGGAUUAUUUUUUAAUUUUAUGGAUCCCAAUACAAAAUCAUGGUGUGGUAAUGAAGCUGGUCUCUCUGCAUUAGGUGAUUCAUUUUAUGAAUAUUUAUUAAAAGAAUGGAUUCGUACUGAUCAUAAAGAUGUGAAAGCUCUUGAAUUAUACAAAUCUAGUUUAGAAUCAUUCUUAAAAGUUGGCUUAUUUCAUAAAAGUCCUCAACAUAAUUUACUUUAUGUUGGCAACUAUAAAUAUGGCACUAUUUCCAAUUCAAUGGAUCAUUUGGCUUGUUUUGUUGGCGGUAUGCUCUCUCUCGGUGCAUCAGAUAAAAAUGAUCCAUGGUUUCAACGUGGUGUUGAAAUUACCGAUACUUGUAGAAGAAGUUACGAUAGUGCAUCAACAGGUCUUGGUCCAGAAAUAUUUUCAUUUACUGACCAAUCUUCUGCGAUUGCGAUUACUCAAUCUCAUAAAGUGUAUCUUCUUCGACCAGAAACGGUGGAAUCAUAUUUCUAUUUAUGGCGACUUACUAAAGAUCCAAAGUAUCGUGUUUGGGCAUGGGAUGUAGCUCAGGUAGUUGUGGUGAUUAUUAAAUUUUGCAUAAAUUAUUAACUUUUUUUCGUCGUUUCUUCAAAUUAUCAGAUGAAACAUUUUCAAAGAGUGUGCUUAUCUCAGCCUUAUUUAAAUGAACUCAUCUCUAAUCUAGUAAUAUCAGAAGACCAUUGUAGCUUCUCGUAAUGAAUUACAUAUAUGCCAAGCACAAUGCGAAUUUCAUGAAUAUCAUCAUACAUAUUCUCCAAAUGCUAAACUCGAUAACUUAAAAGAACUUAAAAAACUAUACAAUAAUUUUCAAUCAUAAAGUUAUUUACUGCUAACAUAUCAGUAUUGUUUGAUUACAUAAUUUUAAAUAUAUUGACAAGAAAUACAAAUGAGAUAUUCUGAUAAAUUUGAAUAAAAAAACACUUAUCUACCAUGAUUUAGUCAUGCAAUUAUUUCGUUGUGGACUUUAUUUUCUUUCCCUCAUUUUCUGAUAGAACGUAUCAGAAUUUUCUCUGUAUUAUUGUUCGAUAGUAAUUAGCCGAUUGACUAAGCGAGUAGCUUAGUCAUUAAAACACUUGGUUUUGACUCAUUAAAUCUGAACGUCGCACCAUUUAAUUCUGUCUAAUCAAUCGGGUAAUAUGAUUAACCUUUACACGAAUAUUGUAAAAAAACCGAGUUCAUAUAUCUUUAAUUGACAAAAAACUGGAAAUUAUUAUUAUUAUUCAUUUAUUUAUUUGCUAACCACUUUGAACUUCAUCAACCCUAUGGCUUUGAUAGGCACACAAAAUCUUGGUUUUUAACUCUUACAGAAUUAUCAUAAAUCGGUAGCAGACAGUCUUAUUUAAAAUUAUAAGUAGUAAAUAUUUGUUUAAAUUAGUUUUUUCACGGUUAAAUCCCUUGGAAUAUAAAAUAGGAUCUGUUUGUACAUUCAAUUACGAAAUUCGAAUACCUCAUGAAUAUAAUUCGUUCAUGGUUGUAUGCACCACUUUUUUUUAAGUGACUUAUCAACUCUUGAUUCGAAAGAGUUUAAUAAUCCCUUCAAGAGUUUUUGGUAUUAUGUAUACUGUUAUCCGUUCCAAACUGCAGCAAUUGAAAUAUAAAAAAACUGGCUUCCACCUCCGUAGAGCUGAUCUAAUGUUUUAGAUGUAUACUUUAUCUUACCAAAUAAUGUUACAUUAUAUAAACACUUAAAGUGAUUAAACUUCUUUGACAAGAAACCCUAAAUCUUGGUUUUCUACUAGUUUUAGUACUAGGGAAUGAAAGUAAAUCGGUCUAUGAGGUUGUGAAUUUUCAUGGACCGAGAUAGUUGGGUCACGUAUCACACAUGCCCAACUACGGUUUACCACGGAAAACAUUACUAACUAGUGUUGGGGACGGAUGGAAGGAAGUUAGGUAUGGCGAGACCAAAUUUGGCAUCAUUCCACAAAGUCACUAACUUCUAGUCUGAGCCAUGCUGGUAAAUGCAGACUUCUCUGUUAAGGUCCGCUUAAUUGUCGUAACCGUUGGUUGGAGACUGUUUGUGACAUUGUUCAGAAUCGAUGAGAAUGGUGUAGGUGUAUACACUCUUUGUCUUCCCUUAAACCGUGAGAUUGAAAUUAUUUUGUACCUUUCUUUCUACGAUCUGAUUUUUUCUCCCUGCAUCAUAUCGUUAUACGCAAUCUUUUUUCAUAUAUUUUACUACCAUUGAUAUAGCUAGUCCUAUGUAUUUGUUUUUAAUGUUGUUCUGCUAGUGAGGUAUGACAACUUUGACUGAUGCAUAUAUGUGCCUGGUCCUACGUUGUAGCUGACUGGCUGGUACUAGUUAGAAAGGUGUACAUCUAAUUUUGAUGCUGUCUGUAGGAUUAGAACCAGCUUCACAUCCUAAGACAACUGACCCGGUUAUAAAUCUCGUAGAGAGCACCAGUCCCCUUCGGAUUCCGGAGUUUCCUGUUGACUACCUUCAACCAACCGAAAUCUCGAUAAAAUUCACAUGGUGUUGAGGCACCUAUACUAACUGCCACAUCGCAACUUUUUCAGUAAAAUUUAAAUAUCAUUUAAAGGACUAGGCACACACCAACCGAAAUCUCGAUAAAAUUCACAUGGUGUUGAGGCACCUAUACUAACUGCCACAUCGCAACUUUUUCAGUAAAAUUUAAAUAUCAUUUAAAGGACUAGGCACACAUAGAAAUAAUCACUUCUUAGUGAUCGAUCAUUUGUAAUGACAUUGAUGAAUAUUUCUCCUUUGAUCGUUUACUUUUAAUCAGUUUAUCGUUAUUGAUUUUUUCUAUGUGUAUAUUAUUUCAGGCUAUUGAAAAGUAUGCUCGUACAAAUGCUGGCUAUUCUGGUUUACAUGACGUUUACUCUAUUAACUCUACUUUAGAUGAUGUUCAGCAGUCAUAUUUCUUAGCAGAAACACUGAAAUACCUUUAUUUAAUAUUUUCGGAAGAUACUUUAUUACCACUUGAUAGAUGGGUGUUCAAUUCUGAAGCGCAUCCAUUACCUAUUCAAAAUAAAGUCAAACUAAUACCUGGCUAAUCAGCUGGUAUCAUAUUCCUAAUGUUGAUGAUAAAUUUAACUCGAAUGUCCAAAAUUUUGUUUUGUGCGAAAUCGAUAUUUUCUUUCACCCCCUCCGGGUUGUUUUUCUUCUGUUUUUUCUCCUUGUAGAUUCUAUAACUAGGUGUUCUAUUUUCUUUCUAUCACAGUGUUUAAAUGCUAUUUGUGUUCAAUUACAGAAUGGAAGAAAAAAAGAGAAGUGUAUAUAUACAUAUUUCAGGUGUAUAUAGAACUUGUUUUUUCUCUCGUCGUUUACUUUACAGCUAAGAAUAAUGUAUGUAAUUAAAUGGGAUUGUCUGUUUCACAACUUUCCAAGUAAAAACAAAGUAAUUCCCAGCGAAUCUCUCACGUUUCUUGUCACAUUUUUCUUCAAAAUGUUUUCAACUAUCUCUGUUUUUUUCCUUUUUUAUUUACAUUGUAUCUCUUUUUCAGUCAGACUGUGAUAAUUUUCUAUCUAAUUUCUUAUAGAAAUUAGAUUAUAGAUAACGUUUUUUAAUUCGGCGUUUGGUGUUCAGUAUUCUUGUUCCUUUCCUUGAUUCUUUUCUGAUCUAUACUAUGUUAUUCUGUCAUCUAGUUUACGUUUAACCUCUUCACACUUUUCAAUAGAUUUCUUAUUUUUCUCUAACAAUAAUGUCUGUUUUUUCCACUUUCAGUUGAGUUAAUUUCUUCUGACUAUAAACAAUGCAUAUAUAUUUAUAUCUUAUGUCUAUAUUUUUCUGCUCCGUGUAAAUCUUUAAAGAUUUUUAUUAGUUUAAUUGACCAACGUUGUCAGUCGUACGUUUUGUUUGUGAAACCAUCUGUUACUUUGCUUCCAGAUGUAUAUAAAUAUAUAUAUAGUGGAACUUCGCUUUUG